GAGUUCUAGAAGCUGCCUUUUUCCAAGGUGCCAGGCUUCUCACCACAAGAGAGACGUUGAGUUGCUGAAGACUGUUCAGAGAAGGACAACAAAGCUGCUGGAGGGUCUGAAGAACAGGUCAGGAGCUCGUCACUGUAGUUGCGACACCCUGGACAGCAGGCUGAGGGACCAUGUGACGUUCUGCAGCACAGUCUUAGGACCCGAUGGGGAUGACUGGGGAAAUAAAGGAAAACCUGCAGCAUCAGCUCAUGCUCAGUCAACAGUGUCUCUCUUUGAGGCUCCUUUCACAGCUUCUGAAAGUGGAACUUGGUACUCCUUUUCUCAUUUGUGGGCAUCAUCCACCAGCAGUAGCAAUACUGUUGUGUUCAGAUACUUCAGCCAAGUUCUAAACAUAUAAAGUGGGAAGCACAGCUUGUUUCCAGCUCUGUCAUUGUAGAGGAGAGGAUUCCUCCAGGAUCUCCUUGGGGUUUAUGGUCUGUGCAUCUGUGUGCUGUCAGAUCUACCAGCUGCUGCCAGAUGUGCCGUGCCAUUUCCUCAGAUUGAAUCCAGGGCUCGCUGCCGACUUGCCUGCUACUCCAGCUCUUGCAACACCUGUGCUUAUCCCAGACAGAGGUUCGUGUGGCUUCUGCAUUGGUGGCAUUCACAUCUACAGGUGGCCAUCAAUCUCCAGUUGUUGUAGGCAUCUGGACUGGCCAUGGACCAAGUAUCUUGCUGGUCUCCCUGUUCCUCCUUGGCUUUGAAUGACGCAACCUUUCCACGCUGAACACGGCAGCUGCUCUAUCCUCGGUUAGGCUCUGCCCAGGGCCAGCGCAUCCCGGUACCCGCUGGCGCUACUGAAACCUGAAAAGAAGUUUAACUUUUUCCCUUCCCCCCCCACCUCCGCCCCGGUAAGCUUGCAACGCUAUAACCCGGUGCGGACGCACUCUGGGAAGCGCUUAUGAUGGGAACGAAGAAAGGGGUCCCAGACGCCGCCUCCUGCCCUGUCUUUCGGGAGUUCGGGGCCGUUGCCAUAGGAACCCAACGCACACCGGGAGCUGCCCGCUCCGCCGCCCGGCCCGCGCGAGAGGAGCCCCACCGGCUGCCCGCGCCAAGCUGCCCCCUGCCCGCCGCUGCGCUGCGCCUGCGCCCUGCCCGCGCCUGCGCAGAGGCCGGCGGUGCGGUACCGGCGCGGUGACAGCUCUGCGCCAUGGCGUACUCGACGUGCUGCCGGGUGGCCAUGGUCUCCUGCCUGGUGCUCUGCGUCUCCCUCCUCCUGCCGCGGACCUUCUUGUCGCGGGGCGGCGGGAGGCAGGAGCCCGGGGCCGCGCCGCUCGCAGCUCCCGCGCCGCCGGAGGGGAAGCUGGGUCGCUUUCCACCAAGGAUGCAUUACCAGGCCACUCCAAGCAGUCCAGCUGCCCCUCACUUUCCAAGGUCUCACCUUGCUGAAGCAGUUGCCAAAGCCAAGGCAGGUGGAGGUGGUAGCGGAAGUGCUGGUGGAAGUGGGAGAGGUCUUGUGGGGCAGAUUAUCCCUAUAUAUGGAUUUGGCAUCUUCUUAUAUAUCUUGUACAUUCUAUUCAAGCUGGCUUCCAAGGGAAAAACUACUGCUGGAGAGAGGAAAUGCCCUACUGCUGCACCUGGAAAUGCCAAGAGGAAAAUCACUGAUUAUGAGCUCAAUCAACUCCAGGAAAAAUUGAGAGAGACAGAAGAAGCUAUGGAAAAAUUAAUCAACAGAGUGGGACCUAACUGUGACAGCAGGACUCAAAAUGUUACAACAGACCAGGAAAAAAGGUUACUUCAGCAGCUCCGAGAAAUUACUAGAGUUAUGAAAGAAGGAAAAUUCAUAGAUGGCAUCUCUCCUGAGAAGGAAGCUGAAGAAGCUCCUUACAUGGAGGACUGGGAAGGUUACCCAGAAGAGACCUACCCUGUCUAUGAGAAUUCUGAUUGCUUCAAGCGCAAACAGGACACCAUCCUUGUAGAUUACCCUGACCCGAGCCAGCCCUCUGCAGAAGAGCUAGCAGAAAGAAUGGAGGACAUGGAAGAGGAUUAUCUGUGCAGUGAAGGUCUGCUAUCUGAUCUCACCAUGGGAAGAGUCAGUCAUGAUGUAAUGCAGAAAAAGGAUGAGGUGACUGGCAUCAGUGAAGAAGAGAGGGACCUUCAGCACAGCCAAAGCUCUGAGGAGUGCUGCUGUUGUUAUGAGGAUGAUGAUCCUGCCGUCCUAGCAGAGAAUGCUGGAUUCCACUCUGAAAGCUGCAGUGAAGCAGAAGAGUCAGACCAAGAGGAUCUGUCUUUGGAGUCAGAAAACGAAAAUGCAGCACUGAAAAAGCAGAAAGGCAGGGAUUCAGAGGGAACAGGCAUGCUGAGAAAGCGUAGCAUGAAGGCACUUGAGUAGUAGGGACAAUAGCGGCUGUUGUUUAGAUUAUGAAGGCAGAGAUCACACACUGUCAUUCCUAUGGGUUUUGUUCCCAAAGAUUUCUCUGUGUUUGGCUCCUUGUACCAGUUUCAUUCCUAUGGUAACAAUCAGUCACAGCACCUACCUGAACUCAAGCUGUUGAAGGACUGCCUUCAGUCCACUCCAAGUAAUAUCAUCUGCCCAUCCGUUCUUUCUCUGUAACAGCACUCUCACAAUACAAACACUCCUAAAAGCCAUGAGUGGACAGACAGAGUGCAAAGGAUGUGAAGACAGACAGUUCUGGUUCAUCUGUAGAAACAGCCAGGCUGGGUAGAUUCAUACAGCUAUGUGACUUGGCAAGCAUACAGGCUGCCGUUAUCCCAUGUCAGUGGUUUAUCAUCUCUAUGUCCCAUGGCUGCUCCAAGUGGAGCAGUAGUCCAGCCCAUCACCGUGAGAAAUAUAGAUGCCAUCUCAGGUCUGCUGCAGCCAACAGAAAGGUGGACUCACAGAAUUUUACUUCUCUAUACAAAUACGUGCUCAUGAUGUACUUCAAAUUCCUGCUGCUUUUAAAGGUAUGCAAAACUUAAAA